AUGAAAAAAAUGAUUUUGGACGAACAAUGCGAGGAAGCCGCCAACGAUGGCUGUCUCGACCUGAUACACAAGUGUUUCUAUGCUAUUGAUAGAUCACACAGAUUCGAAAGAAAGUCUGGCAGAAAGUUCCUUGUCAGCAAGAACCCAUACAUGGCCCUCUUGGUCAAGUUGUACCGUUUCCUCUCACGUAGAACCGGUUCAAAGUUCAACCGUAUCGUUUUGAAGAGACUCAUAACCACCCGUGUCAACAAGAUGGCUGUCUCUUUGUCACGUGUUGCUAACCUCAUGAAGGACAGAAAGGCCGGUAAGAUCGCCGUCAUCGUUGGUCCAGUCGUCGACGACGAAAGAUUGAUCGAGACUCCAAAGCUCACCAUCUGUGCCCUCAAGUUCUCCGAAGCCGUCCGUGCCCGUAUUGUCAAGGCCGGUGGUAAGUGCCUCACUUUUGACCAAUUGGCCCUCCUCAGACCACGUGGAAACAACACUUUCCUCAUCAAGGGUGCCGUCAAGGGCAGAACUGCCUACAAAUACUUUGGUCGUGCUGCUGGUCUCCCAGGCAGUCACACCCGUACCAGAACCCUCCAAAAGGGCAACAAGUUCGAACGUGCCCGUACUUUUGGAAAGAAGAAAUGUUUAAAAAGUAAAGUAAAGAAAAGAAAAGAAUACUUUUUAGAAUUAAUUAAUUAUUCAAUUCCAGUACAUGAUAACACACAACAUGUGGAGAAAAAUGUAGACAAUGCUUCUAGGAACAAUCCAACCAUUUGGACAAAACAGAUAAAUGUACACACCUACUCCGAAGGAUUUCAACAUUCUUGCAACACUAAAAGAGCAAGUGGAAUACUUAUUGCGCAAUGA